AUGGACAGCAGUAAAGAUGAUGACGGACUCUUGAACCGGAUCGCGUUUUCAGGAGCUGUUGGCCAGGGGACUCCCCACAGGGUGCCCCUGCGGGAGCCCUUUGGGGUCCCCUUCCCCUUUGAGCCCUCUUACUGGGAGCCGGCGUACGGCGGGCACGCGCCGCGCAUCUCCUACGUCCCCUUCCCAGGCUACAUGGGCUUCUACGACUGCUCCUUCGAGCCUGCCUUCAUCCGCAAGCGGAACGAGAGGGAGCGGCAGCGGGUGCGCUGCGUCAACGAGGGCUACACGCGCCUCAGGGAGCACCUGCCCAAGGAAUUCGCCGACAGGCGCCUCAGCAAGGUGGAGACGCUGCGGGCGGCCAUCGGCUACAUCAAGCACCUGCAGAGCUUGCUGGACCRUCGCCCCGUAGGCUCCGGCGGCGAGGGAGCGCCCGAGGGAGCUGCCGUGGAGAUGGCGGGAGCCUCCAGCCCUGGCGCCCUCAGGGAGUGCAACAGCGACGGCGAGUCCAAAACYUCCUCGGCGUCGUCUCCCUACAGCGAGUUUGAGGAGCCGGGCAGCUAG